CACAGGCGGACAGAGACACAGUCGCCCUCCGUUGUGAAUCACAAACGAGCUCUCUCACACCACCGCCGUCAGCUGCUUCCUUUAACCGGCGGCUGUAGAGCACCGUCACUCCGCAGCAACUCCCGUGAAGACGGCUACAACAUGCCGCGGUCUUUCUUAGUAAAGAAACAUCACAGCGCCAAGAGAGCAAACUAUGGCAGACUGGAGUCACACACUGACGAGACUCACAGCAGAAGCCCUGCAGAUGCCUACAAACCAGCUGAGUCCUGCACCAAAGUGAACCUGGAAAUCCAGUGUGUCACAGGAGACCACAGGAGAAGAGAGAGCCUCUUCCCCUCAUCCCUCCCUCUCCUGUCCCUCUUUCCAGCCAUCCCUCUCUGUGGCAGCAGCCAGGAGAGUUUUGAGUGUUUGGACUGUCAUAAAGAGUACUUGAGCUUCUCGGGACAGGCCAAACACAAGCAGCUCCAGUGUGAGUGGAGCAGUAAGAAGUACUUCAGCUGUAAGUACUGUGAGAAGGAGUAUGUCAGCCUGGGGGCACUCAAGAUGCACAUCAGGACACACACACUACCUUGUGUGUGUAAACUCUGUGGCAAGGCAUUCUCCAGACCCUGGCUGCUUCAGGGACAUAUACGAACACACACAGGAGAGAAACCGUUCUCAUGCCUACACUGUAGCAGAGCUUUUGCUGACCGAUCCAACCUACGAGCUCACCUCCAAACCCACUCUGAAGUGAAAAAGUACCAGUGUACAAGCUGCUUCAAGACCUUCUCCAGGAUCUCACUGUUAGCCAAGCACCAAGAGGCUGGCUGCCCGCUGUCCUGACAGCAACAGCCUGUUAACUUCAACCUGGCCCUAAUACCCCAUGUUACUGAGCUCAUCCCCCUAAUUGUUAUCCAACAUGCUUGAUGUUUUGAGGUGGAAUUACAUUUUUAUGUCCCAUCACUGAUGUCUCCAGUAUAGGUUUCUAAUUUUUAGUUAUGUGUCGAAUUUCAAUUGUUGAUAUCACCACCACAAUAGCACUAAUGAUGUUGUCCAUUAUCAGGCUUUAAACAUAGAUCUUACAGUAAUUAUUAAUGUGUCAUUUACUGUGACAGCAAGCAGGGAUCGCUUUGUGUAGAGGGUUUGCAGAGAAUAUGUCUUGUCUGUGUUAGAUUUGUUAGUGAAAGAAGAUUACUGAGUCUUCAACUUGCUUUGUGUUUUCAUAGAGGGCAUCAAAGAUGAUGUUUAUUUGUAGGGAUUUUACCAAUGGAUUUUGGAUUACUGCAGAAAAUAAGCUCUGUGGCAAAUGUUUCUGAUACUUACACAUUUUGUUUAGCAAGAUAAUCUUCACAUAUGAACACCUCUUUCAUAAAUAUUGAAGUGUUCCUGCACCACUGUAUUCUCAAUCCUCUUAGCUGUCAUCAGAAACUUAAAGCAGAAAACAACUGCCCAGUCUCAUUUCUUAAAGACCCCGAGUUGUAUCCCUCUGUAGAUAGUCUCCACAGUACAUGGAAUAGUGUUGACUAUGGCGUACGGCAGGUAUGUGCACAAGCUUCAUCGCUGUGUCAUAACCUCUUAACGCACAAUCAUAAAUACAAUUUUAGUCAGCAGUCUUGUAAAGUGAGCAAUCAAAGGAACUAAAUGGUCAUUUUGGCCAACAUCUGGAUGAAAACAUCGUCUAUUUGGCCCUACACAAACAGUCACACUGGCUGCGUUCAGGUUCUGGAUGUUAAGGCUGUUUUUUUUGCUGUAAGCUCAAGAGAAAAAUGAAAGUGCGAUCACUCAUAAUGUAGUCAGACGGAUUACUGAGUUCAGAGGAGUAUUGUGAAUGGGCUACACCUUACAGUCAACCAAAAAUAAUUUUGAACUAAGUGGCUAAAACUUUAGAAGUACUGAAAAAUCUGAUGCUCUGUUAAAACUGCAUUUUAGUGCAUAUGUUUGUGUUUAAAAUGCUUGUUAAAUCCUGACCCUUUUAUGUCCUUGUUUCAGUUUGUGACAACAUGAGGGGACAAAUCAGAAGUCAUCUUUGCACUGGAAGUGAUAAAUCCAGAUUUAAUUUCAUUGAAAGCAAGCAGUUUCACAUUAAUUUUCAACAGAUUUCCUUUUGUGUCUCCUACACAGCUAGGAAACGUACAGAAUGCAUUUCAUAUUAAACAUU